AUAGUUAGCGCCUAUACCAGAAUUUUAAUGAGUGAUACACCAGAAUAAAUUGCUGUUAUAAUAUCUUGAUCGUUCGCACGGAAUUUAAAACAAUUAAAAAAUGUUCUUUUAGAUGAACAAAACAGACUAAAAUCUCAGCUUUUACCUUGGCCGUUGAAAAGAAUGGGGCCAUCAAGAGGCUAGCAGUAGCUGCUCUGGAAUUGUUAUCCGAUAUGGCGGGCCAUACGUUCAGAAAGAACUCUUUGCAGCGCUUUUGUGGUAAACUAGAGACUAAAUUUAACGACGUUACGGUUCCUAACGUUAUGGCGUCCAAUCGUGUGAUUUUGGAGUCUUUUUAUACUCGACAAUCCCGACUCGUGAACGCUGACGAAGAAAGUUCGGAUGUGAUCAAUACCCAUUUAAAUACAGCUGUUCCUCGAGGUGAUGUGAACGACAGAGACCGCAUGGAUGCAAGGCAAACAAAUGUUGAAAACUCAAGCCAGGAAACAGUGGCGCCUUGUGAUGAAUUUUGCGCUAGAAGCUCGGUUGAGCAAAAUUUUCUCGGACGACCGAAUGGUUUUUUGACGAGAGACCGUGAGUGUGGCUCCAGACUUGGAUUUUUAUUUUCAUGGGGAAUUUUUGCCUUGCUUGUGCUAGGCUCGAGAUUCGUGCAAGGCCAGCCGGAGUUUGUGGAUGGAGGAUACGAAGGCCUGGUCGUCGAGAUCGACAGGAGCGUUCCCGAGCAUCGGUGUACCGCCGUCUUCCAAGGACUUGAGAACCUCUGCCUCCACGCUGGACGUCACGGACACAUGCCGCUCCUUGAAGACUUUCGUCUUUUGGUCUUGCCCAAAAGCUUCAUCGAAACGUCCGGCGCUGCUUUCGACAUCGUCGGAUUUGCAGACGCUGCUUUCGACAUCGUCGGAUUCGACGGCGUUGCUUUCGACCUCGUCGGAUUUGCAGGCUCUGAUUCGACAUCGUCGGAUUUGCAGGCGCUGCUUUCAACAUCGUCGGAUUUGCAGGCGCUGCUUUCGACAUCGUCGGAUUUGCAGGCGUUGCUUUUGACAUCGUCGGAUUUGCAUGCGUUGCUUUCGACAUCGUCGGAUUUGCAUGCGUUGCUUUCGACAUCGUCGGAUUUGCAGGUGCGGCUUGUGACGUCGUCGGAUUUGCAAGCACUGGUUUCGACAUCGGCGCAAUGGCUGGAUUUGGAUACAUCCCUCGUGCUUGGCGUGGCCGCCGAAACAAUCGCCACUCUGAAGCAAUUACAGUCAGACUACCCCCGUAAAGUUCUGAAGUAG